AUUGUUCUGUCAAUACAUAAGAGUUCCUGAGUUCCAAACUGAGUUCCUCGCUAUGCUAUCUUAAAAUUGUACCGAAGUGUUGAGAUUUUUGAAACUCAUGUUCGCGGUCUGCAUCCCUUAGCCUUAUUUUACUUAAAUUUAUUAAUAAUAACAUAAAACAAUGUAUGUUCAAGUGCGGACAAUAGACGGCAACCGGAAUGUUGUAUUAAAUAUUUCCAAGCUCACCACUGUUGAUGAAUUCAAGUUAAUGGUUGAAAAAGAGAUGCAAGUGCGACCUGAUCUGCAACGGCUAUUUUAUCAGGGCAAGCAGUUAGAAAAUGGCUACAAACUGUUUGACUAUAAUAUAAAUUUAAAUCAUGUCAUCCAGUUGAUGGUCAAGACCAAUAUUACAAACUAUUCUGAAAAAAAAUAUCCUACGAGCAGCGACAGGGGUAGCGAUAAAGAUAAUGUCAAUGGCCUAAAUGAAAAAGCUAAAGAGGGAGAAAAAAAGGAAGCUGCCGAAAGCCAGUUUUACAGAGUGGGAGAUGCAAUAGAUUGCAUAGAUUUGAUAUAUGGCGCAUGGUUCGAGGCCACCAUUGUUCACAUAUUAAAGGACGGAGAUGGCUUGCUAUACCAAGUAAAAUGGGAUGCAGAAGAGGAUGGGGAUCCUUUCAAUGUGGACGAAGAACACAUCCGACCUCGCGCUCGUCGACUUCUGGCUAUUGGCAAUCUGAAAAUCGGCCAACGUGUGAUGAUAAAUUACAACAUUGAAUCACCUACAGAAAUUGGCUACUGGUAUGACUUGGUGAUCGCAAAAAUUCACAAAACUAGAACAAAAGAAGAAUUAACUGGAACUUUAUUCAUGGGAAGAGAUGGGCAGCCGCUGGAGAAUCAAAAGGUUAAUCCAAAAGGUGAAAUAUUCGCAAUAGAGGAACCAAAAUUACUUUGUGAUCGCAGUGCAGAUGAGAAUGCAGAGAUGACAAACGGAGGUGCGAGGAGGAGAGUCCCAGCUUACUGCUCCACUUGUUUGGACAAUCCCAAUACAAACUGUAGAGAAUGUGGCUGCCGCGUUUGCUCGGGUAAAGAAGAUGACCAUUUGCUUUUACUGUGCGAUGAAUGUGACCAUGCCUAUCACAUACGCUGCUUAGACCCCCCUCUCACGAGUCUACCCACUGAGGAUGAAUGGUAUUGUCCGGAGUGUAAGAAUGAUGAGUCUGAAAUUGUAAAGGUCGGAGAUAAAUUGAAGCAGAGCAAAAAAAAGUCAAAAGCAGUAGGUGCUGAGCAGGAUAGCAAACGCGACUGGGGAAAGGGAAUGGCUUGCGUCGGUAAAACAAAAGAUUGCACGCUGGUGCCUCCCAACCACCGAGGUCCCAUUCCUGGCGUAGAAGUUGGUACUUGUUGGAAAUUUCGUGUACAGGUCUCCGAAGUAGGCGUUCACAGGCCCCAUGUAGCUGGAAUUCAUGGACGAGAGACCGACUGUGCUUACUCACUUGUUCUUUCCGGUGGCUACGAAGAUGAUAUUGACAACGGAGAUGAAUUUCUUUACACAGGUUCAGGAGGCAGAGAUCUCUCAGGUAAUAAGCGAACUGCUGAGCAGAGCUGUGAUCAGGAAUUGACAAGGAUGAACAAGGCAUUGGCUUUGAAUUGCAAUGCCAAAUUAAAUGACGUAGACGGUGGCGAAGCAAGAGACUGGAAAGGUGGUAUUCCAGUUCGAGUGGUACGCAAUUAUAAACUUGCAAAACAUAGCAAAUAUGCACCAGCGGAUGGCAACAGAUACGAUGGGCUCUAUAAGGUUGUCAAAUACUAUCCUCAGAAAGGGAAGAGUGGAUUUAGUGUCUGGCGAUACGUUUUGCGGAGAGAUGAUCCAGCUCCCGCACCUUGGACAGAACAAGGCAAACUCCGUUUGGAAUCCUUAGGAUUGGAAAUGAUUUAUCCAGACGGUUAUCUCGAAGCAGAGAAACAAAACGGUAACAAACGAAGCAAGCGUGGUGUAUUCGGAGCAACGGACGACAAGAGCCCACCGGCGAAGCGACGGAAGACCGAAGGUUACAAGUUGGAGAAAGAGGUAUCUGACCUCAUAAAAAAGGACACGGCAAACGUUAAAUUGUGGGAUGACUGCAGGAUUGCUUUGCCCGAAGGAAAAGCGCGGUUCCUGGCACAGGUUUCCGAGAGAUUCACAUGCGUAUGUUGCCAAGAAAUUGUCUACCGCCCGGUGACGACACCCUGUGGUCAUAACAUCUGCCUCAGUUGCCUGAAACGUAGUUUCUCCGCUGGGGUUUAUUCCUGUCCAUCGUGUCGAUACGCUCUAGAAAAGAAUUAUCGCAUGCUUGAGAAUGACGCGUUAACAUCUACUCUGUUAUCACUCUACCCAGGCUAUCAGGCAGGCAGAUAACUAGUUUUGCGAAUUAUCCUCGCUCAUACGUAUCAAUUUCAUGUCCAAAUUAAAUGUAAGAGUGCCAGGUCUUAGCUAUUUUUUAAAUCAUCUAUCGCAGCCGAUAAAUCGCACCGAAUAAUUUUGUAUAAAUAAAUGUAAUUCUCUCAUGGCUCACAAAGUCAUCGCAGGCCCGAGUAGUUCCCCAAAUUCUCCUGAAGUCUUAAGUUAAUUCAAUUAAUUCGUCAGACAACCGUAACGUUUAUCGGAAAACAGACUUUUUAUUUAUGAACUCUUGUCAUGCUUGUACUUAUUAUGUUAUAUCAUGUUCAUGUUGUGAUAUUUAAAAGAGGUUUGACUUGAUUUCUAGGACUCUAGACAGAGGUUCUAAUUCUUAGUUUCUUUGUUUUGAUCUAAUUGUCAAAGACCACAAUGAUUAUGAAUAAUGAAAUAUAGUAUAACUAUUCAAUUUCUGGCCUCUA